UCAGUUCUCUUACAUUUCUCCACUCUUUUAUCUCCUUCCACUUAAAACGGUAUUAACAGAAUGAACGGUGGUCAUCUUCCCGCCACCGCGUCCAACGAUCUGAAAUCUCCGCUUUUGCCAGUCGUCCAUGAUGACGAACCAUUCGGAAAACAAACGGUGGGGCAACAUCUCCGGACAAUAUUCACACCCAAAAACUGUUACAUCGCUCUUGGUCCUCUUCUUUGCGCCGUCGUGUGUCUAUGCGCACGGCUCGGGGGAGAUGAUACGACGACGGCGAAGAACAUGCUAGGAGUUCUUGUGUGGAUGUUUGCGUGGUGGUUGACGGAAGCCGUCCCGAUGCCCAUCACCUCCAUGUCGCCGCUUUUUUUAUUCCCACUAUUCGGAAUCACGACGGCGGAUCAUGUGGCAACUUCUUACAUGGAUGACGUAAUCUCCCUCGUUCUUGGGAGCUUUAUUCUCGCCCUUGCCGUCGAACACUACAACAUUCAUCGCCGGCUCGCCCUCAACAUAACGAUGGUAUUCUGCGUGGAGCCUCUAAACGCGCCGCUGCUUCUUCUUGGCAUCUGCGCAACAACGGCGUUCGUGAGCAUGUGGAUGCACAACGUGGCGGCUACUGUCAUGAUGAUGCCAGUCGCUACAGGAAUACUUCAGAGACUCCCUUCGUCACCAUCGUCGUCAUCAGAAAUGGUGUCUCCGGCGGUGGGGAAGUUUUGCCGAGCGGUGGUGCUCGGUGUGAUAUAUUCAGCGGUCGUUGGUGGAAUGAGCACACUGACAGGAACAGGAGUGAAUCUGAUACUUGUCGGAAUGUGGAAAAGCUAUUUCCCGGAGGCUGAUCCAAUAAGUUUCAGCCAAUGGUUCUUCUUCGGUUUCCCACUGGCGUUGUGUAUAUUCGUGGUGCUUUGGGGUAUUCUAUGCGUGUUGUAUUGUCCUAAAGGAUCAGGGAAAGUUCUCUCUCCCUAUCUUCAUAAAUCUCAUCUUCGUAGAGAGCUCGAGAUGUUAGGACCAAUGAGUUUCGCCGAGAAGAUGGUCUUAUCUGUGUUUGGUGGUUUGGUUGUGUUAUGGAUGACAAGAAAUAUAACCGACGAUAUCCCCGGCUGGGGUUGCAUCUUUAACGGCCGGGCUGGUGAUGGAACGGUGAGUGUGAUGAUGGCUACGUUGCUGUUUAUAAUCCCAAACGGUAUUAAAAAGGGAGAGAAGCUGAUGGAUUGGGGCAAAUGCAAGAAACUUCCGUGGAACAUAGUGUUGUUACUAGGAGCUGGAUUCGCUAUAGCUGAUGGAGUACGUACAAGUGGCUUAGCUGAAGUUUUAUCUAAAGGGCUUGUGUUUCUAGAAACAGCUCCUUAUUGGGCCAUCGCUCCAAUGGUUUGCCUCAUUGCUGCUUCAAUCACUGAGUUCACGUCAAACAACGCAACCACUACACUGUUGGUUCCUUUGCUCAUCGAGAUCGCGAAGAAUAUGCAAAUCCAUCCUCUGCUCCUGAUGGUUCCUGGUGCCGUUGGGUCUCAGUUUGCUUUCUUGCUACCCACGGGAACACCUUCUAACGUGGUGGGAUUCACAACAGGGCAUAUUGAGAUCAAAGACAUGAUGAAAACAGGGUUACCUCUCAAGAUGGCAGGAACAGCCUUUCUCUCUGUCUUGAUGCCAACCCUAGGGACUUAUGUGUUUGGAUCAAAAGGAGUAACUUAGCUCGAUGAGCUGAAGUACUAUCGAUUCAUUGUACUAUAUUCUUACAAAGUAGGGGACAUCAGUCACAUGUGAAACGGGAAAUUUGGAUGUGGUCAUCAAACCGGCCCAUUUUUGUAACCCGGGCGAGUAUAGUAUCCGGUACGAUUGCUUUCUUUUGUGUUUACAACGUACCGGUAAGUUCGGUCUUCUUUUUGGUUUCGUGUGUAUGUAUAUUGAGAACAAAUAUGUUAAUAGUAUAAAAUAUAAAUGUGUAUUCUAAAUUUCUGCA